AUGACAUGGCACAGACUCGUUCGAUUCGUAGCCAAGGAGGAUGGCAAGGCGUACGUGGGAGUACCUCGAGUCAGCUCCUCAUCGCAAGACAUUGAGCAGCUGGUGCGAACAGGCCAGGAGCGGGUGAGGGUCAAGGUGAUUGCAGCAGCAGCAGGAGCGGAUGAGUGGAACAUCGAGAAGAUUCUGAGCGCAGCGCGGGAUGCGGGGGACGCGGGAGGAGAGGAGGAGAAGACGGUGGAUCGAUUGCUGCCUUGCGUGCCGGCAGAGAGGAUCCCGGCAUUGAGGGCGUUGGGGGCGAAUUACGUGCAAGCAGGUCAGGAUGCCGCACAGGCCAAGGCCAAUCGACCCGCCAUUCCCAUUCUCUUUUUCAAACCUCCGCGCACCACCGUCGUUGGACCUGGCGAUGCGAUACGCGUACCCGAACAGCUUGCUGAUCAGACGGACUACGAGGUCGAGUUGGUGGUCAUCAUUGGCGCCAAGUGCAAGGAUGUAAAGAAGGAGCAUGCCCUCGACUAUGUGCUGGGCUACACGCUGGGCAACGAUGUCAGCGCCAGAAAGAGAAUGUUUCAGGUCCCACAGUGGGGUUUGGGUGCGUGUAUGCGUGUAUGCGCUCGUGGGUGUGGCAACACGGCCACCGCACAUCUGACACGCUCACCCAACCGCUCACGCCAUCUCAGGCAAAGCAGCCGACACCUUCUUUCCGCUCUCUUCUACCAUUGUGAGCACAUCGCUGGCGUCCGCGUCCCUCCCCCCGAUGCGCCACCGCAGCAGCGCAGCCGCUGAACCCACCUUCCCCCUCCCGUCUCGCGCGCAGGUGUCCAAGGAGCUGAUUCGCAAUCCAGAAGACGUGACGCUCAAGACGCACCUCAACGGCAAGGAGAUGCAGAACGGCAAUACGCGCCAUCACCUGUGGAGCGUGGCAGAGACCAUCGAGAUGCUAUCUCAAGGCACCACGCUCUUGCCAGGCGAUCUCAUCUCCAUGUGCGUCGCCGUUGCCGUUGCCGCGUGGGCGCAUACACGCUAG